GUUAUUUUGAAUUUCACGGUUAAAUUUGUCGACAGUUUUUUUUACAAAAACAGAGGUGUAUUUUUCAGUGUACAUUCAAAUAUAAAAUAAUAUUUUCAUAUGUAGGUAGCUAUGUCAGAUAUUUUUUCGAAUUCUGAAUGCAAACGAGACGUGCCUUCGUUUAUAGAACCCCGACCCCCACUUAUUACUAAUCCGUUUAUGAGACGCCGUCCACAAAAGGGCACUAAUCUAAUGGAUUUAUUUGAAGAAGAAUCAACAUAUGAUGAACCGGAACUAGUGCAAGUAUAUUUGCGUUUAAAACCGUGUACCAUCCCAAGCAAUUUAUACGAAGUUCGAGGUGAUAGAUAUUUGAUUACCUCUCUCGACACAACUACAGCGGGCCAUGGACGAAAGACUCAACAUAAUGUAUCCAAAAUGUACACUUUUUCGCAUAUAUUUCCUGAAGAUAUAUCUCAAAAAGAAAUUUUUGACCAUGUAGUAAAGGAUAAUUUAAAAAAGUUGCCAGAAGGUCGAAGUUUUACCUUGCUUACUUAUGGUGCAUCAGGUUCUGGGAAAACAUACACACUUAUGGGUACUGUGGCAUCUCCAGGUUUAGUGCCAAGGUCGUUAGAAUAUUUAUUUAAUAAUGUAGAAGUCCAGAUGCAUCCAGUUUAUAAGCCUGCUGAAGGAGGUUUUGACCCUUUGAGUUGUUCUUCUCAAGAAUAUGAACUGUUGUUCGUGAAGAGAUUAAGAAAAUUAUCUGCCCCAUUAAGAGAUAAAUAUAGAAGAAUGAGCUCUCAACUAAGAACAGACUUAAGGGGUAGUGUUUUGGACUUAUCAAAAUCAAAGCAUUAUAUAUGGGUUUCCUUUAUUGAAAUAUACAAUGAAGGUAUAUAUGAUCUACUUGCUGGGUCUGAUCGUAGAGCGGCAAAACUUGUCAUACGGGAAGAUUUAAAUGGAAAUGUGUAUGUAAAGGGGGCAACACAAGCCUUUGUCCGUUCUGGUGAAGAAGCAUAUGAUGUAAUGGUAGCUGGAAAACAUAAUUUACAAGUUGCGGCGACCGGUGUACAUGCACAAUCAUCGCGCUCACACUGCAUUUUCACCAUUACUAUGCUUACUGAAAAUGACGGCGGUAUCGUGACGUCAUGCGUACGUCUAUGCGACUUGGCGGGAAGCGAGCGAGCGCGUCGUACGCGUAACACGGGCGCUCGUAUGCAGGAGUCACGUGCGAUUAACACGUCAUUGCACGUCCUGGAGAGAUGUCUGCACUCCCUUCGACGGAAGCAGGCCGUUGCUAACCGCGCUGUUGUACCUUAUCGUGAGUCAAAGUUAACUCGUCUCCUUGGGGCGGGUCUAUCGGGCACUCGCGGCGAAUCGGUCACGAUGGUUGUCACGCUUAACCCUUCACCCGAAUACGCUCACGAGACAAGACACGUGCUACAAUUGGCCGCUGUUGCUAAGGACUUACAAAUAAACAACACAGUUUCCGACUACCCAAGCUCACUUGAGAGUAGCACUCAUGACUUGAAUAACAGUGUAUGUGCCGAGUUGAUGAAGCUUCGGUCCUGUAAUGAAAGACUCAACUUUGAAUUAUUACAAUGUCAAAACUAUAAUAAGGAAUUGACAGCUUUGAUAGACGAAAAACAGGCAACAAAUGCAGUCACUAUGCAGGAGAUAGUCAAUUUGGCCAAGGAGGGCAGUCGGCAGUUCUAUGAGCCACAGAUAGAAGCGCUUAAGAGAGAGAUAGAGGAGUUGAAAGAAGAAUAUGAGGAAUUGAUAAGUGAUUUGAAAGAACAAAUGGUGGGGCCUAAAGGAAUCAAGAUCGAUGAACUUAUGACUGAAGUUGCUACAUUAAAGGAAAAAAUUACGGCCGAGGAGUUAGCGCGUGCAAGAGCAGAAGAAGAAAUUCAGCAUUUACGAGCAUGUAUUGAAGAGAGGGAUGGAAAUGACGAAGUAUCAAACGAACACAUAUCCAUAACUGAGUCCGACAGUGAAGAGGAACAAGACGAAUUGUGCAAUGAAAGUCUCGAACCUACAUUUAAAAAAGAAGAUAUUAAUAGGACUAGAUUACUUCGACAAAGUCUAGUAAUGGAUGAUGAUAAUGGAACAGACAAUGUUUCGGAUUUGGAUGACACGUUAAAAGAUGAUAGUGUCGAAUCAAAUGAGAAUGUAAUGACUACAUGUAAAAAAAAAAUAUCUCAUGAUCUGGAUAAUGAAGAAUGCAAUUUGGACCUUGUCAGUUUUAAAAUGGGUAACAAAGGCUCUUUCUUUUUUAAUGAUGAUAAUGUAAUUCCUGAGAAAACAGAUGUAAGAGGAACAUAUUGUGUCACUUCAAAUGACCAAUCAAAUAAAGCAAUUGAAUCUUCCAUAGAUGAGGGAUUUCAGUGUGACGAUGAGGUUGAUGAUGUACCAGAAAUCCUAGUUAAAAAAAGUAGUUCCCUUCCGAAAAAAGUAACUGGCAUAAAAUAUAAGACUAGAAACGAUUCGUUGGCUCAGUUCGAACAAUUUGAAUUGGAAUCAAAUAAUUGUAAUCCUGCAGAAUCCUUGUCGCCAAAUGAAUUUGGUAACAAUUUACCUUGUAACACUAAAGGUUUCUUUUAUGAUAGUGAAACACAUUCUGAACUGGUCAAAAUUAAUAUAGAUGAUGAGAGAUCACCGUCUAUUGUUCAAGAUGACGUGAAUGACAAUUAUGAGCCCAGUAUGAUUAAAAAGAUUUUGAAAAAGAAAUUUGUUGCGCUACAUGAAAAACCUGGGAAUUUCAAUGCAAACCAAGAUACAAUUAAAGGGAACGAAGAAACAGAAUUCAAGGAAAGUUUCGACUGUGAAAUUCCAGAACAUGCAUUUGAAGCUUCUCAUGAAUCUGUUGAUUUAUUUGAAUCACCACGUCCAGGUAAUACAGAAAUUGUUCUCAGUGAUAAGCAUAACGAGCCUAAAGAUAAUAUUAAUUCCUUAGAAAUCCCUAAAAAUUUACGAGCAAAAUCUCAAGAGUCGAGUAUUAAUAAAACUAUCCCUAGCUUUCCUCCAUUAGGUAAGGAUAACAUAAAUGAAAGCGAAACUGACAACAUACGUAAACUGAGUACCGUUGUUUCUCACGUUGGGGAAGUUACAGCAAAUGAUAGUGAAAAAGAAAAUAUUAUCGAAACAACAGACGAAAAGGAAUUAAAAGAUCGAAAAUCCCUUUCAAUGUUAAUCGAAAGAAGUGAACUGAGUACCGUCGAUGUUUCUCACGUUGGGGAAGUUUUAGCAAAUGAUAGUGAAAAAGAAAAUAUUAUCGAAACAACAGACGAAAAGGAAUUAAAAGAUCGAAAAUCCCUUUCAAUGUUAAUCGAAACAAGUGAACUGAGUACCGUCGAUGUUUCUCACGUUGGGGAAGUUUCAGCAAAUGAUAGUGAAAAAGAAAAUAUUGUUAUCGAAACAAAAGACGAAAAGGAAUUAAAAGAUCGAAAAUCCCUUUCAAUGUUAAUCGAAAGAAGUGAACUGAGUACCGUCGAUGUUUCUCACGUUGGGGAAGUUUUAGCAAAUGAUAGUGAAAAAGAAAAUAUUAUCGAAACAACAGACGAAAAGGAAUUAAAAGAUCGAAAAUCCCUUUCAAUGUUAAUCGAAACAAGUCGUGAAAUCGAAACUACGACUAAACCAAACAUUCUAGAAGAUGAAAUAAAAACAGAAUCACCUAGUUCAAUUAAUGAUGCAUCAUUAAAUGUUAAUAGUUUACCUAAACCAUCCGAUUUGUUUAAAGUACCUUUACCAUUAAAUGAUAAUACCAAACUGGAGAAGGUAACAGAGAAGAACAAAGAAGGUUCAAAGUAUGACAAUGAUUGUAAUGAGAAGAUAUCAAAUGACAUAUCAAUUACAAAUGUAACUAUUAACAAUACAUUAGAUGCAUUUGAGGAUAUUUACAAGAAUAUUACCUUGCCACGUGUGACCGAAUUUGAUUUAUUGGUGUCCACCGCUGAAGAGAAAGCUGCCCCACCGGAGACUGAAACAAAAUAUAAUUUAAGACAGAAAUCUAAGAAAACCAGAACUCAACAUAUUAAAGAAGAAAAACUUCAGUUAGAAAAUAAUAAAAAUGAUCAGGAAGAGAUUAAAAAAUUAAAAGUCAAUGAUGAAAUGGUUUUUGAAAGUCAAGUAAAAUGUGAAUCAAAGCCGAAACGUAAUCUUAGACUGCGCCGGCGCAAUGAAGAAAGUGAACUGAAAUUUAAGAAUAUCGCCAAUUUGCAAGCUGAAUUUAGUGACGUUACUAUGAAUUUGCCUGCGCCAACUAAACUGGUAGAAGAUAUUCCUUCGCCUAUAAAAGAUGACGAAGAAAAUAUAUCUCCAGUACUAGGCAUGCAAAGCUGUCCCUCCAAAUCUGUAACUCGCAGCCGAAGAAAGCUGUUUACUCCAAGAGCAGAGGCGCUUGAGGAAACAUGUCCACAGACCAUUGACAUUGGCGAGCAAAUUCGCGUUCCUCGACCUUCUUAUCACCGGCCAAGAGCCCGUAGAAAGCUUUGAAAAAUCAACGUUCAUAGCUAGUUUGGUACUGGUAACCAUGUGGAGAUAAUUAUGUUAAUUUUACUUACUGUACAAGAAUCCCGAAGUCAACUGCAGUUUUUUUUUUUUGUAGAAUUAGAGCAAUUUUUUUAAUAUGGCGUGCAAUUGUGUACAAGAAACUAGUUGCAAAUGUGUACUUUUCACUUAUGGCGAGUCACGCUUUCUUGAUUAUCUAUGUAUUAUUAUCAAAAAA